GGCCCGGAAGCAGCCGGUGGGAGCCGCGCGCUGGUGUUGCCGUAGCGGCGGGGAGGAUGCGGGGUGCCGGGAUGGCUCGUACGGAGUGAGGCAAAGCCCGAACCUCCCACCCCCGGCUCCGCUCUGGCUUCAGGUUCCUUCUCUCUGCGCUGCGGCGGGCGGAGGCGGCGCAAGGAGAAGCCCAUGGAGGGGAACCGGGACGAGGCGGAGAAAUGCAUCGAGAUCGCCCGGGAGGCGCUGGAGGCCGCCAACCGCGACCGGGCGCUGCGCUUCCUCCACAAGGCCCAGAAGCUUUACCCGACCGAGACCGCCCGAGUUUUGUUGGAAGCAAUUAUGAAGAAUGGAAGUGCUGCUGGGAGUGCUCCGUACUGCCAAAAGCCAGCAAAUGGCAAUGAUCAAAGUAAGCCUAGUAGCACAAAGGACAGCAGUGCAUCUGCUGCAGGUGAAAGUGGAAAAGGCUACACCAAAGAUCAAGUGGAAGGAGUACUCAGCUGUAAUUACAGAACAGCUCUUACGGUUGAUUUGUUUGAGCACUCUUUGUUCCCUGUUUCAGAAAUUGGAAACGCAUAUGCUGUGCUGAGCAAUCCAGAAAAACGAAAGCAAUAUGACCUUACAGGCAGUGAAGAGCAGGCAUGCAAUCAGCCUGGCAAUGGUAGAUUUAAUUUCCACAGAGGCUGUGAGGCUGAUAUUACUCCAGAGGAUUUAUUCAAUAUGUUCUUCGGAGGAGCGUUUCCAUCAGGUAGCGUACAUUCAUUUUCUAAUGGUCGAGCUGGCUACAGUCAUCCUAAUCAACACCGUCAUAGUGGACAUGAGAGAGAAGAGGAGAGGGGUGAUGGAGGCUUCUCUAUGUUCAUCCAGCUGAUGCCUAUUAUUGUAUUGAUCCUUGUCUCUUUGUUGAGCCAGCUGAUGGUUUCUAAUCCUCCUUAUGCCUUAUACCCAAGAUCUGGUACAGGGCAGACCAUCAAAAUGAAAACAGAAAACCUGGGUGUCAUUUAUUAUGUCAACAAGGAUUUCAGAAAUGAAUACAAAGGAGUGUCAUUACAGAAGGUGGAAAAGAGUGUGGAAGAGGACUACGUGUCUAACAUUCGAAAUAACUGUUGGAAGGAGAGGCAGCAAAAAACAGAUUUGCUGUACGCAGCAAAAGUAUACCGAGAUGAUCGCCUCCGAAUGAAAGCAGACUCCUUGGCAAUGGACAACUGCAAAGAACUAGAAAGGCUGACCAGUAUCUAUCGAGGAGGAUGAACUAGAAUUUUAGCUGUGCAUCCUUAAGUACGCUAUUAUCUCUCUCCUGUCAAGUGAAGAAGAGAUUUAGUUUCAUCCUGAAAGCUGAAAAGAGGGUGGACGUAAAACUCUACUGUGUAGCUGUUUCCAGAAUCCUUAUGAUGAAAUUUCAUUUAAUGGCUUCUUUACCUACUAUGAAAUAUAGAACAAAGUCAGUUUACAUAUUUUAAUUGUUUAGAUUUUAUUUCAAAGGCUUCCGUGAAUUCUUUCAGCAGAGAGAGUAGCUCAGAAAGGAUGCCACUCUUGUAGAGCCUUAGUCAUAGUGGUUCUCCUCUAACAUUUGUCAUGUAAAUAUCUAUGGAAAGAACACUUUGUGUAUAUACAAGUUAAAUGACUUUCUAUUUAAAAUCUCAGAAAUUUAGCUCCAUAAAAUAUUUUGUUUCACUGAUGAAAUAAAUAGUAUGACUACAUCACUCCGUAUUCAGAUGUCAACUGUGAGUAGUUUAAAGAAAAAAUUUUAAACACUUUAUCUGUAACUUUAUGUACAAUCUUCAGGCUUUACCAGCUGAGAAGAACUUGAUAUUUUAAAAAUAUAGCAGUAUAUAUUCCUAAAUAUAUGUUGGGAUAAAUUGAUUUGGCGUAGAGUAGCAGUUAGCUGUUGUUUUUAAGAAUUUCUGACCAAUACUAAGAAAACUAAGAGCUUCACUAAUCUCUUUUAAAGGUAAAUAUUUGUAAAGUGCUGUACAGAAGUUAUGAACGUUGCUUUUAGGACUUGGAGUAAUUUACAGCAACCCUGCCCUUUGGUAUUUCAGUAGAAUACAAGUCUAUAAGGAUGUUGAACAUGCAUUCCCAGGUUCCUUAUUUUUCACUGAAAAGGUAGAAGGAAAACCUGCAAUAGUAAUUAGAGUUUUAAAAAAAAAAAAAAAAAUGUUUCCUCUGGGGUGAUUUGCAGUUUCUCAUUUCACGCUAGUAUCCUGAAACUAAUUCCCUUUCACUCAUCACAAGUGGAACAGGAAAAUCACUGCUCAAGUCAAGAUUUGUGCCUUUUAACACUUCUGACAACUAACUAUUAAAUGCUUAGCUGGUUUGUAAUCUGCUGUGAUCAGAGCUCCACAAAUUCGAUCAAGUACAGGAACAAGAGGCAGUUACAAGAUAGAAAGUUGUUUCAGUCCACAGUGUUGCUGGAUGGACUUCCUAUGAAAACAUACUAUUUAACUAUUAAAUAGAAUGAAGUAUAAUUUAAUUCUAUGGACUGAACAUGUAAGUUAUAUAUAUCCUCACAUGCUGUCACAAAGUAAGGGACAUUUUGAAAACAGCUGGAUACAGGGUGUAUGCUGCCUAUAGAAAUAAAUAAGUGUUUUGAGUAGGUGAAAUUUCAACAUCAUUGUACUGUUUGUCAACGCAACAUAGCAAAAUAUUGUGUCUUUCAUAUGCGAAUUCUGGCUGUUUGGUAAUAACGGCAGUACAUUGUUAGAGAAUUUCUCUCUUUAAAUUUAUCAAAUUGCAAGGAGACAUAACCUGAGAGUAGAAUUUAACAGUGUGACUACUUCAACUGAAGUCACUGCCCUAUUCACUUCAUUGGGCUUACUUUAGAUUUACACUGGUGUACUUUGUGAGCAUAGUUAAUCCUUAGAGCAACAUUAAAUGCUGCUAAUUUGAGCAGCCCUUAAGCCUUUUGUGUGUACCUUUUCUAAAGUGUCUCACUGGAAAUGCCCAGUAUUGUAAAUGGUUGUGUAACGUGGAACAGGCUGGCUAGUGACGUAAAAAGCUAAUAGCUAAACCAAAACAUUCUUGGUCUUUUGAAAGUAGUCUUCAUAGUACAAAUCGAAGGUGAACUUCAAAGCGAAGAGCUGAAAACUGAAACCAAGCAGGGUUUCUGUGCUGAAUGUCCUCACUAACCAGGUUUUGGGGCAAGGAGAGAGGAAUGAUGUAUCUUCGCAUUCAUCUGUUUAUUUUAGAAAUCAUCCAAAUGUUUGCAGUUUGCCUUAGAAGUAAAGCAAGCAAGCAAAUGUGGAUUCCCUCAAUUCUAAAAGUAUCCUGAAAGCAUCAUAAAUAUGCUAAUUUGGAAAUCAAAAUAACAUCAAAGAACUUGUCAAAUUCUCUAUAUUGUCUUAGUAGAGGAAUUUUUUCAAUGGUCUUGAACAAAUGCACUGGCCUCCUGUUUCAUAGAUACACCUGUAUGCUUGUGGGUGCCAUUUUUUCAGUGAACACAAAGGGAAAUGAUUUCGUAGUGUGUCUAUAAAAUAUUGGGGCUGUGAAACCACAGUUAAGAAAUGUGUUUAAUAAAGCUGCUUACAAUAAAGAUAUAGUUACUGCACAGUUAGAACUAGGCUGCUACAUUCCAUUGAAUUAUAAAUUAUUAGAAAAAUAAUUACCUUUCUAAGAAUAUUCUGUUUCAAAAACAUGUUUUGAUUGGUUGCAAAUUGCUGCUUAACACUUGCUAGAUUAAGUAUUUGCAGUCUCUCUUACUGAGACCAGGGUAUGAGGACUGGGGAAGUAUGGAUAUUACUUCCCAUACCUGCCUACCUUAAAGGUAAUCUGUAAGGAUUCUUUUAAAGUUGCACAGAACCUGAAUUUCUCAACCAAAAAACAAGCUGAGAAAAAUCAUUUAACAAAACAGAUCCUUGUAGACCAACUUGAUAUGUAAUAAAGAAGCAAAGCCAAGCCCAUUUAUUUCCUUUGCAACAGUGACUUCUAAAAAAAAUCCUCACAAAAUAACAUCUCUGUUUUAGUCAGUUGAGAACCCUGAUUUGUUACCAGUUUAAGGUAAUAUAGAUUUUUGCACAUUUGGUAAACAUUUCAGUGGAUGUUCUGUUUGAUUAACUAAAACCAAACUUAAAAGUGAAUUUAGGACUUUAAAAAAAAAAACUUAUUUUUAAGAUUAAAAAGACAAAGUUUAUAGCCAUUAAAAUAUAGGUAGCACUUUAUUUUAAAGG